AUGAGCCGACAGUCAGUUCGUCGCGUGGCCGUCAUCGGCGCUGGUAUCAGUGGUGUUGUGUCCGCUGGCCAUCUUCUCGCAGCUGGGGUGAGCGUGACGGUCUUUGAGAGGAACCAAGCUGCAGGGGGAGUCUGGCUCUAUGAUGACCGAAAGCCAAUUGAACCUGCCUACCCUUCCACGAAGCCUUCUGAAGCAGAAAAAACUGGAGAGGAUUAUCGAGAAGACAAGGAGAGGCGCCUCCUUGAACACGCACCACCAGGACCUUGCUACUGGGGCCUCUCCAAUAACGUAUCAACACCUUUGCUGCGUGUCAAGCUCAAUGCUUGGCCCGAGGGAACGCCGGACUUUGUCAACCAUCGAAUUAUGCAGGAAUAUAUCCAGGAUACGUCGAAAAAAGCUGGGGUUGACGAGGCCACUAUCUACGGUGCUCGAGUAAAAAAUGUCUACAAAGAAGGAGCGACAUGGCAUGUCACUUGGUCGACGUUUUCUGAAGAUGUGGCAGGAAGAAAUGUGGAGAGAGAAGAAUCUUCGAUCUUUGAUGCGGUUAUAGUUGCUUCAGGCCACUACCAUGCACCUCGCGUCCCGGACAUACCUGGUUUAUCAGAGUCUAAGGCGCAAUGGCCUUCAAGAAUUAUACAUUCCAAGGCAUACAGGAAACCCAAAGAUUUCGAGGGCAAGAACAUACUUCUCAUCGGGGGAGGCGUGUCCUCAACAGACAUAGCUCGAGAGAUCGGUCCUGUUGCACAAAACAUAUACCAAAGUACACGAAAUGGGGUUUUCGAUCUAUCAUCUAGUCUUCUUCCAGAGAGAGGCGUGAGAAUCAGUGAAGUGGCUUCCUUUGAAUUGCAAAAGGGCGCAAAAGAUCCAUCCCAAGACGAACACUUGCCUCUGGUGGUUCAUCUCAAAUCAGGUCAAAAACUAUGCGGGAUUGAUGGGAUCGUAAUCUGUACAGGAUACCACAUUACGCUGCCCUUUCUUCACAGAUAUCAUGACGAUGAAACGUUGCCAGCAGAAGCGAGUGAGACGGUUCUUGUGACUGACGGCACUCAGGUCCAUAACUUACACAAUGAUAUCUUCUAUAUUCCCGACCCAACCUUAGCUUUUGUCGGAGUGCCAUACUACACUGCCACGUUUACCCUCUUCGAGUUUCAAGCUAUUGCUGUGGCAGCAGUUUUUUCAGGGGUUGCCAAAUUGCCUUCAGAAGCUCAGAUGAAGGAAGAAUACAGCGAGCGAAUUAAGAAAAAUGGAAGCGGGAGAGGGUUUCACUCCCUGAAAGAUAUAGAGGAAUAUUACGUUCGAGACAUACUAGGAUGGAUCAACGCUAGUAGAGCAGACCAAGGACUUCCCCCGAUAGAAGGCCAUACAGAUACUUGGAUACAGGCGAAGGCAGCUCAAAGGGAGAGGCUGAUCAAAAUGGCUCCGUCAUCGACGUCGGUUGACGAAAGGGCCGUAGAGAGUUCUACUGGAGUCGUGCAGCAAAAGCCGAAGCGGCGAUGGGUGAGCUACAUCUGGGAUACCUUCGACAAGUCGCCUGAAGAACGCAGGCUGCUCUUCAAGCUUGAUUCGGCCAUUCUUACAUUUGCAUCUCUUGGUUAUUUUAUCAAGUAUCUCGACCAGGUCAACAUCAACAAUGCCUUUGUUUCUGGGAUGAAAGAGGAUUUAGGUCUUUAUUCGAAUGAGCUCAAUUAUAUGCAGGCCUGUUGGACUGUUGGAUACGUUAUUGGCGAAAUUCCCAGCAAUAUACUCUUAACCCGAAUCCGACCCAGAUACUGGAUUCCUGCAAUGGAGCUUCUGUGGACCGUUCUUACGUUUUCGCUAUCGAGAUGUAAUACUCCGACCCAAUUCUACGUACUGAGAUUUUUUGUAGGCCUGGCAGAAAGUACAUUUUAUCCCGGAAUGCAAUAUAUCAUCGGUUCGUGGUAUCGAAAAGACGAACUAGCGAAACGAUCCUGCAUAUUCCACACCAGCAGUGGAAUCGCUAGCAUGUUUUCGGGGUAUCUCAUGGAUGCCGUUUAUCGACUUGGUGGACGAGGAGGGUUCAAAGGAUGGCAAUGGCUUUUUGUGAUCGACGGCGUCAUCUCACUGCCAGUUGCCUUGCUCGGUUUCCUCGUGCUACCUGAUGUGCCCGAGAUAUCUAACCCAUGGUAUCUGAGCCAAAAGGAGGUUGAGUUAUCGCAGAAACGAAUGGAGAUGGAAGGAAGGAAGAAUCGAGGACCAUAUACGAAAGCGAAGCUCAAAAAGAUCUUUUCAUCAUGGCAUAUUUGGCUUCUGACUAUUCUUUAUAUAGCGUUCAACAACGGUGCCACCGGCGGUCAGCCAGUCUUUCAGCAAUAUCUCAAAGACUCCACACAUCCUAAAUACUCGAUAUCGCAGAUCAACUCUUACCCAACAACCACCAACGCAGUCCAAGUGGUAACGACAUUAAUUUAUGCCUGGACAUCUGAUUCAAUUUUGGACGGAAGACGCUGGCCACCAAUCAUCUUCGGUGCUGUUGUGAACAUUAUCUCCUACGUUUCCUUGGCUAUUUGGGACAUUCCGACUGGGUGGAAGUGGACCUGCUAUAUUAUCUCCGGGGCUGGCUAUGGACUAAGUGGUCUCUUGAUGGCAUGGGCCCAUGAAAUAUGCUCUGAAGACAAUGAGGAACGGUCUCUCGUCAUUGGGAGCAUGAAUGAAAUGGCCUAUGUCUUCCAGGCAUGGCUGCCACUGGUUGUAUGGCAGCAAAUCGAUGCGCCUCAGUACCGGAAAGGCUUCAUAACUGUAACAAUAAUGUCAGUGAUUCUGAUUAUCACUACAUUUUCCAUCCGGGCCCUACACCACAGGGAAAAUGUUUGGAAGUGA